AUGAUGGAGAUUCCUGUGAUUGACUUUAACAUGCUUAAUGGAGAGAAGAUGGGAGAAGGAAUGGCACUUCUGCACGAGGCUUGCGAGAACUGGGGCUUCUUUAUGGUUGAGAAUCAUGGAGUUGACAAAGAGUUGAUGGAGAAGGUGAAGAAACUGGUGAAUUUGCACUACGAGGAGAACAUGAAAGAUGGCUUUUAUAAGUCAGACACAGCUAAAAUCUUGGAGAAGGGAGGAAGCACCACUACUAAAGACUGGGAAAGCACUUUUUUCAUUUCACAUCGACCAACUUCUAACAUCAACGAGUUCACAAACCUCUCUAAGGAUCUUCGCAAGACCAUGGAUGAAUACAUUGAUCAAGUAAUGAAACUAGCAGAGAAGUUAUCAGAACUCAUGUGCGAGAAUCUUGGCUUAGAGAAAGGAUGCAUAAAAAAAGCUUUCUCAGGAAAUAUUGGUGCUUCUGUGGGGACAAAAGUGGCAAAAUACCCUAAAUGUCCUCACCCUGAACUCGUAAAGGGACUCCGAGAGCACACUGAUGCUGGUGGAAUCAUCCUUCUGCUCCAGGAUGAUCAAGUACCCGGUCUUGAAUUUUUCAAAGAUAGGAAAUGGGUGGAGAUUCCACCUUCCAAGAACAAUGCCAUCUUCAUAAACACAGGAGACCAAGUUGAAGUGUUGAGUAAUGGAAGGUACAAGAGUGCCCCGCAUCGUGUCAUAGCAAACAAGAAUGGAAGCAGGCUGUCCAUUGCUACCUUCUACAACCCAGCGGGUGAUGCCAUUAUUUCUCCAGCCCCCAAACUCUUAUAUCCAAAUCACUACAGUUUUCAAGAUUACAUGAAAAUUUAUGCCACGACUAAGUUUUCAGAUAAGGCCCCUAGAUUUGAAUCCGUGAAGGGAAUGGCACGCCAGAGUCUCAUUGUCUAG